GGGACCGGAAGGGGUCUCAGCCUGGGGAGCGGGGGUCCGGGCUGGACGUUAGGCCCUGGGGGAUGUGGAGAGCUGGCAGCAUGUCCGCGGAGCUGGGGGUCGGCUUCGCCCUGAGGGCGGUGAACGAGCGCGUGCAGCAGGCGGUGACGCGGCGGCCGCGGGAACUCCCAGCCAUCCAGCCCCGGCUAGUAGCGGUCAGCAAAACCAAACCUGCAGACAUGGUGAUCGAGGCCUACAGUCACGGGCAGCGCACUUUCGGGGAGAACUAUGUUCAGGAACUGCUUGAAAAAGCGUCAAAUCCUAAAAUUCUGUCUUCGUGUCCUGAGAUCAAAUGGCACUUCAUUGGCCAUCUACAGAAACAAAAUGUCAAUAAGUUGAUGGCUGUCCCCAAUCUCUUCAUGCUGGAAACAGUGGAUUCUGUGAAGCUGGCAGACAAAGUGAACAGUGCGUGGCAGAAAAAAGGUUCUCCCGAAAGGUUAAAGGUUAUGGUCCAGAUUAACACCAGCGGAGAGGAGAGCAAACACGGCCUGCCCCCUGCAGAGAUGGUGGCCGUGGUGGAACACAUAAGCGCCAAGUGCCCCAGCCUGGAGUUCGUGGGGCUGAUGACCAUCGGGAGCUUAGGGCACAAUCUUAGUCGAGGACCAAACCCAGACUUCCAGGUACUCGGGGCCCGGGGUGGGGCGCUGCUCACGUGCCAAGCAAGCAUCUGGUGAGGUGCUGGAGCAGGGCUGGCUGCUGCCAUCAACUCCACAGACAUCCCGGACGUUGCCUGUCAUGUUAUAUUAUUACCGUCUUCUGGAACUCUCCUCAUAUGGGACACAGAACAGGUCUCCAAACCUCCAAAGACCCUUCUCGGCUCAGUGUGAACCUGCCUGACAUGGUCUUUAGAGAAAAUGAGCUCUGACUGACUUCCUCCCCAACGACUGACAGCUUUCUUGAAAAGGAGGAGAAUUUGCUAAAA